CGGACGGAGGCGGCGGGAUCAGCCCGUUCCCGGUGCGGGGCGCGGGCGCGGGGCCGGGAGCGGGCCCGGGGAGCGCCCGGCUCUCCUCACGGGGCUCCCGCACUGCCACCACUCCAUGUGAUGUCCAGGGUCAGAAAUGCCUUAUGUGGAUCGCCAGAAUCGCAUCUGUGGUUUCUUAGACAUUGAGGAAAAUGAGAAUAGUGGGAAAUUCCUGCGGCGGUACUUCAUCCUGGACACGCAGGAGGACAACCUGGUGUGGUACAUGGAUAACCCACAGAAUCUUCCCUCUGGAUCUCCACCUGUUGGGGCCAUUAAACUUACCUAUAUUUCAAAGGUUAGCGAUGCAACUAAGCUGAGGCCAAAGGCAGAGUUCUGUUUUGUUAUGAAUGCAGGGAUGAGAAAAUACUUUCUACAAGCCAAUGAUCAGCAGGACCUAGUUGAAUGGGUAAAUGUUCUGAACAAAGCUACCAAAAUCACAGUACCAAAGCAGUCUGAUCCUCUCUGCCAAAUGGAAAAUGCAAAUCGUCAAGCUGAAAGCCCAGGUGGGAAGAAACAAGUCUCUUACAGGACAGAAAUUGUUGGUGGUGUUCCCAUCAUUACACCCACCCAGAAAGAAGAAGUCAGUGAGGGCAGUGAAGGGGCUGACAGGAAUUAUUUGAAGAGGUCACAAAGUCACCUUCCUUAUUUUGCUGCUAAGCAUCCCCCAGAUAAUGCCAUUAUCAAAGCUGGUUACUGUGUCAAACAAGGAGCAGUGAUGAAGAACUGGAAGAGAAGAUACUUUCAAUUAGAUGAAAACACAAUAGGAUAUUUCAAGUCUGAACUGGAAAAGGAACCUCUCAGGGUUAUACCACUUAAGGAGGUCCAUAAAGUUCAGGAAUGCAAACAGAGUGAUAUAAUGAUGAGAGACAAUCUCUUUGAAAUUGUAACAACUUCUCGAACCUUUUAUGUGCAGGCAGACAGCCCCGAGGACAUGCACAGCUGGAUCAAGGCCAUUUCUGGGGCCAUCGUGGCGCAGCGGGGACCGGGCAGAUCGGCGGCUUCCGUGACUCUAAUCUUAGCUUUGCACUGUGUUCCAGAUGCGGCAGGCCAGAAGGCUGUCGAAUCCUUGUAUACAGAGGAGCAUCCCGAGUCUUCUGCCGAGCCCGGCCAUGCUGUCCGUGCAGCCAGCUCACAUUCCACAGCCCCUCACUGCAGCCCUGUGGCCCCAGCCCCUCACCCCAAACCCCCUGCCUUGGAGAAACGAGGAUUUCACGAGUCUUUUACCAAGGCCAAGCCAAGGAGCUACAAGAUCCAGGCUGUCGCUCCAAGAGAAUCAACUUCCAAAGUGACUGACCGGGGUCCCUGGGAACCCCGGAGCAAAAAUGGCACUCAGGAACAGGAUCCUGGCCUUGUGGAUCUGGAUGAUGCAAGCCUUCCAGUUAGUGAUGUGUAGGGAUGGAAGAGUUUGGAGAAUGAUCCAUUUGUUCGGUCCUUUAAUUUCCUUGCUCGGACUUUGAACCAAAGAAAAUUCCAGGAAAUGAGAACAAAACAAAAAAAUAGAAA